AGAAAUUUUUAAAACUCAAUAGAAUUGUUGGAACAUAAAAUUCCUACGGAGAACAGCCCUUGCUGCCACCAACAUGGAGACUUUGUACCAUGUCCCGUUCUUUGUGCUCGAAUGUCCUAACCUGAAGCUGAAGAAGCCACCCUGGCUGCCCAUGCCGUUGGCCAUGACUGUGUAUGCUCUGGUGGUGGCGUCUUACUUCCUCAUCACCAGAGGAAUAAUUUAUGAUGUUAUUGUUGAACCUCCAAGUGUUGGUUCUAUGACUGAUGAACAUGGGCAUCAGAGGCCAGUAGCUUUCUUGGCCUACAAAGUAAAUGGACAGUAUAUUAUGGAAGGACUUGCAUCCAGCUUCCUGUUUACAGUGGGAGGUUUAGGUUUCAUAAUCCUGGACUGAUCGAAUGCACCAAAUAUCCCAAAACUCAAUAGAUUUCUUCUUCUAGUCAUUGGAUUCGUGUGUGUCCUAUUGAGGUUUUUCAU